AUGAUGAAAGCUUGCAUCUUGUCUACCUUGUUGGCCUCGGCCGCCGCCUUCUCCCCCGCGGCUCAGCCCGCUAAGGCCUCGACUACGGCGCUCUCUGCCAUGUCGGAUUAUCGAGGAUCCAUCAACCUGCUCGGCAAGGAAACCGUCUUUGAUCCCUUGAAGCUUUCGGAAUCUUACGAGCCCAUGCUCCCCUUUUUCCGAGAGGCCGAGCUUCGUCACGGACGUACCGCUAUGAUUGCCUGCGUUGGUAUGAUCGUGCAAGACAUCGUCCGCUUGCCAGGUGAUGCCUUCAGCUUCGAAACAGUUCCAAAAAGUGUGGAUGCUGCUUUCAGCAUGCCCGAUCAAAUGAACCAAAUCUUCCUCUUCGUCGGACUUUGGGAGUUCGUCGUUGCCUUCCCCGCUAUUGCCGCCAUGAACAAAGGCGAACGUGCUCCUGGUGACUACGGAAUGGCAGCUUUUUUGGAAUCGGGCAACAACCCCCCUACAGCAGCAAGGGUUGCCUCCAUGGAAGAUUCUGAGUUGCUCAAUGGACGUCUCGCCAUGAUUGCAUUCAUGGGAAUGUUCCACCAGAGCCUCAUCUUCGAUAAGUCCGCCCCCUUCAUCUAA